UCUGAAAAGAAAAUGAGGAAUGUGAAUCGAGUCUUCUUCUGCAAAUCACUCUCUCUCGUCUUCCUCGUUCCCUCUUUCACUCGUCCCCACCUCCGAUUCACCUAUUCCGCCGCCGGAGCUUCUCUUCCUAAUCGAGCGAUUCACUGCAUGGCCACCGAUCCCCCUCUCCCUCAAUCGGCGGCAUCGUUUUCGUCUGUCACCGGCGGAGGUAAUCCCGUCUCUCCUACUCCUCGGACUAAUGAUGUCGCGGCGGUUCCGGCUUCUUCCGCCAUAGAUUUUCUAUCGCUCUGUUCUCGCCUCAAGACAACUCCAAGAGCUGGAUGGGUGAAAAGAGAUGUUCAAAAUCCAGAAUCAAUAGCCGAUCACAUGUACCGGAUGGGUCUUAUGGCUUUAAUUUCUUCAGAUAUUCCCGGUGUCAACAGAGAAAAAUGCAUGAAAAUGGCAAUUGUUCAUGACAUUGCAGAAGCUAUUGUCGGAGACAUUACACCUUCUUGUGGGGUCUCUAAAGAAGAGAAGAAUCGAAGAGAAAGCGAAGCACUUGAACACAUGUGCAAGCUCUUGGGUGGAGGGGAAAGAGCUACGGAAGUCGCUGAGCUAUGGAGAGAAUAUGAAGCAAACGCCUCACCGGAAGCCAAAGUUGUUAAAGAUUUCGAUAAGCUUGAGAUGAUACUACAAGCUUUGGAAUAUGAACAAGAUCAAGGUAAAGAUUUAGAAGAGUUUUUCCAAUCAACCGCAGGCAAGUUCCAGACUGAUAUAGGCAAAGCUUGGGCAUUGGAGAUUGCUUCAAGACGAAAAAAGCAACCUUAGUUAGUUCUCACUUGAGUUUUGUUUUUGUUUUUAAAAGUCUAGUUCUUACUUGAGCUAAAUACUCUCUUACCUUCAAAGUUUAAUCAUCUUAAUAUACUUUCAUUUGGAUCUAGAACUUUAAAGGGUACAUUUUGUAGCUCAAAUUCUUUGAGGGAGAAGCCUAAAAAUGGUGGAGAAAGAUAGGAGAACCAUUCUUUACCAAUUUUUUUUGUCUUCUGACGUAUUCAAAUAAUCUAUAAAUACUAGCUUUC